CUUGUUGUGUGUAUUCCCGUGCUCGCAUCGCCAUCUUGUUGCGAUCCAAUUUUUUACGUAUGCGAGGAUCUACUUUCUGUUCAGCCGGAUUAAAAAUUAUUCGUCUGCUUUCGGGAAAGGCAAAGGGGUGAAAGGCCCGGACGCUCAGCUGUGAACCGUGCACGCAGCGCUUAGUACAGAGACACUGCCUACCCCUCCUGCCUUUUUCCUCUUUCCGUCCCGGGCCACCGGGUCCCCUGUCGUGAGGGUUUACGCGCAAUGAGUAUCGAUACACUUUUGGAGGCAGCCAGAUACCUGGAAUGGCAAGCCCAGCAGCAACAGCAGAUCAAACGCGAUGAGGAGCAGUGUAAAGAGAAGGAGCUCAUCAAUAGGGAGACUGAGUCAAGACGUGUAGAAAUUGUGACCUCACCUCAGCCUGUUAGAGCCAACCAUAUUGUUUGGGGUGAUGACUCUCUCACUCAGCAUCCCCAUCACCCUCCUGCCCCUCCGCCACCCUCUCUCCCACCUCCUCAAGUCCCCAUUGCUGUCAUCCCAAUGGUCCCAGUUGUCACUGCAACACCCUCUGUCCCACCCCUUCCUCUUACAACGCCGAUUGCUGCGGCGGCAACGCCGCUCAACAGUUCCCCACCAGUCAAAAAAGAGAACGCUUCCUCCCCUCCAAAGCCGCAGCAGCCGGCAUCUCAUCACCUGUUGUGCCCCUCCCAGAUAAAAGUAGAACCUGCUCAGCACCUGAUCGAUGUAAAACCCAGCCUAUCACAGGCUCAGGUUCCGAUUCAGUACCCAGCCUCCAUCAACACUAACGGCUCCGGCUCUCAUCAUGCACUGGUUCCCCUUCAAGCUCCACCCACAUCUCAGCCACGACCUAAUGGAGUGACGAUAGAGGACAUGAGGGGGAUGGAAGGGAAGAGGAGGCCAGGAGGUGCGGGGACCAGAGAGGUGCAUAAUAAACUGGAAAAGAACAGACGAGCACAUCUCAAAGAGUGUUUUGAGACUUUGAAGAAGAACGUUCCGAAUGUUGAUGAGAAGAAAACCUCCAACCUCAGCGUACUGCGCAGCGCACUGCGUUACAUACAGACUCUGAAGCGUAAGGAAAAGGAGUUUGAGCAUGAGAUGGAGCGUUUAGCCAGAGAGAAGAUUGCGACGCAGCAGCGGUUGGCAGAGCUAAAGAACGAGCUUUGCCAGUGCAUGGACAUCAUGGAGAUCGACAGAGUCCUCCGGCAGACCAUCCAGCCAGAGGAUGACCAGGCUUCCACAUCCACCGCUUCAGAAGGAGAAGAAAAUUAUGAGCAGGACAUUGAUGAAGACGCUCCUGCUCCUCCUGCUCUCCCGUCCCUCCCCAAACCAGCACCUCCCAUCUUACAAGCUCAGCCCCUCCUCACCUCUCACUUGUCAAUCCAGCAUGCCACUCUGCCUCUUUCUGGAGUCCUCACCACUCCCGCUCCUUCUGGUCCUCCUCCACCUCAAGCCAUUGCCCCUGCUCCAGCCCCUGGUCAGCCCCCUCCGCCACAUCCUAUUCAACCCCCAGCAGUACAGGUGCAGCCCACUGUCAUCGCUCACGCUGCCGUUUCCCACCCUUCAGUUAUCCAAGCUGUCAAUCACACCCUUCCAGCCAAUCACAAACACCUAACGCAUAUCGCCCCCUCACCUGGCCCCACCUCCUCUACACCUCAACCGAUCACAGCAGCUUCGGCUACCCCUGUCACUGCCACUCACCAGCAAAUAGCCACCCAGCCCAUCGGACACAUCACCGUCCACCCGGUGGCUCACCUCGGAGGUCCCCUGACAUCCCAUCUCCCAACUCUUUACUCCCAGGGUGUGUCUGUGCCCCAGCCCACCAUGGUGGGCCACAUCACUCACACCUUCACCCACCACACCCUCCCACAUGUACAGGCUAAUCCUCAAGCUAACACUAACGGAGCCCAGGUGAACAAUGCGUCUGUAAUGAGCCAGGGAAGCCAGUCGCUAGGAAAACCCACAACAGUGCUGGCCCCACACCCCCAGCUGGUUGGACAGGCUGCUGUCCUCAACCCCGUCACUAUGGUUACGGUUCCAACUUUCCCUGUCAGCACACUCAAACUGGCUUAAAAAAAAAAAAAGAUUUUUAAGACUUCUGUCAGUAAUCAAAAGCAGAGAAUCAGUGACGGACGAAAACAACAGCAGUUUUUGGAUGUAUUGCGAUGAAUAUCUUGUGGGAUAUUUUAUUCACAGCUCUUAGAUUGUGAACAAGAACAUUAAAGCAGACUCACUGGGCCAGGCUGUUGUCACAAUGAAACUGUGACAUUCGCCUCCACCGCAAAGACAGGAACUCUGUUUGACCUUUCUUCCUUCCUUCUUUCCUUCCUCUGCAACCAGAACUAACACAAUAAGCUCAGUUCACACUCAGGCAUCAAAGAGUUACCUUAACCAUGUAUUCACUCGUAUAGGGAGACAGAUGAGAGAGCUGUUUGGCUGUUGCUGCAGUGAUAGAAUUACACCAGUGCAUUCACGGGGUCAAAUGGGACGUUGUGGUGGGAAAACGUCACUGAUGUUUUCAAGAGCAGCAGGAGGAGAGAGAGCUUAGUGGUGUGCUCCAAGCACAUCACGCACUAUGAUCAUGAGUGAAGUUGAUCACAAUCCACUACUUUAGAGCAAAUGGAAAGAUCCUGAUUUUAUUUUGCAGAUUUUCCCCCCUUUGCUGUGACUGUAAGAAAAUUAAUACAUUUAGUAUAUUAUUAUAUUUUAAAAUAUUACAAAUUAAGUAAGUGUGUUGGAUUUUAAUAUAACAGUUCCAGCCUGAAGUUCAGAAGAGCAAACAAACCAAAAAAGUAGAAUAUGUGGUAUCUGUUCUGCCGUUUGCAUCUGAUGGUUAUUAGGACAUGUGUAUGGUUUGCUUGAUCUACAGUAGCAUCUGUAAGAUUAAGUUUUGAAACCACUAAGAAAAAAAAAAAAACAAAACAAGGAGAAAAUCAUGAAAUAAACUGCACUUAAAUUGAUAAAGAAAGAAUAGCAAAAUUAUGAUUUUUCCAUAACUUUUAAAGUAAUUGGUGCAAUUAAAUGUAGAAAGACUGCACUCCAGCUUUGAUGUGGUCACUAGUCCCAAAGUGAAACGCUCCUCUGUGUAUUUCUUUAAAGAAUACAGGACAUUUUAAAGGCUUUUUGGUACAUUUGUUACCAUAAGAAGAUGUAAAGUUGUGUUACGCCUGUGGGUCAUUUGAGCAUAUAAGUUAUAACUUGUUUGCAAUGACUGGCUCUGGAGGCAGAGUUUGUAACAAGCCCUCUUGCUUAAUCAUUCCAAAACUCAGCAGUGUUUUCAUGCAUAUCGAACUCUGAUGCAUCAGGCUAAACUAGAAUCUGCAUAAAUCUUUCCAACACACAGUGACGAGUUUCCUUUUGUGCUCAUGACAACGCUCCCUCAGCCCACAGAAGGACAUGAUAGGUUUAUUUUUUCCAUCUAAUACAACAGCUCCCCCUGCUGCUUCACCCCCACAUCUCACACUGAUACACACAACACCUGGGGUACAUCACAUACCCCCCUUUGAUUUGAAGUUUGCUUACGUUACAUGCAGUGAUCAUGUUAUGGAAGACGGUGAAAGCUUUGAGUUAUGAUUAAUAUUCUUGUCUGUCUAUAUAAGAUCCUGUCUUUCACUUUAAGGUUUUGAAAUGUUUGCAUAAAGCAAAACAAAGCAAAGUUUAGAUCAUUAGUAUUAGUAAAAGAUAGUUAAAAGUAACUUGGAUGUGAUUUCCAAAAAAAAAACAAAAACAAAAAACAAAUCUCUUUUUUUUUCUAAAUCAAAAUGGGGAAUGUGUUGUGAUGCUCGCACCUGUUUUGUGUGCAUGUCAUUUGCACAUACAUUCAACCUUCUUGCCAGCCUAUACGUGUCACAUCUCUAAUCGGUGUAUGUAGUCGAUGUGUCAGCUCUUUACCUCCCUUGCUGUUUCUAUGUCAUGUCUGUACAUGUUUUAUAUAUUCUGUACUAUAGUUAAUCCUAUUGUACUUGUAGCAUGGCUGUUUUUUGGUUAUAGUUUGCCCUGUGCAUGAUGGAGUGUGUGCGCGUGGCUAUGGCUAUUAGCAGGUUAUUUUUUUACACAGAGGUGAUUUACGGUAUGAGCCUGUUUGGAUGCUAUUGUGUGUGCCUAUACUCAGUUUCCCCGAACACUGUGACAACUCUGGUAAAACAUGUACACACUGAGUGAAUGGAAGAAACAGACUCACUGUCCUUGUUGUUUUUUAUGUUUUCAAGUUUUUCAUUUUGUUAGUUGGACCGAGACGAGUGGGAAAAGUAAAAAAAAAAAAAAAAAAAGGCAGUUGCUCUUUUCUUGAUAACAUAAUGUCUAAUAUUAAAUUUGAGUUUUGUAAUAUUUGUAUGUAUGAAAGUUUGUAAAUCUGUGACUGUAUGCAUGUUUCAGCAUAUGAGUGUAUGCAUCUUUAAUGCUUUUGUUUUGUUUUGCAUGUAGGUUUCAGUUUUAUUCCUUUAAGAAAAGAAAAUUGUUUUAAUUUUAUUUUUGGGACCAUGUACAAUACUGUAAAACGUGGGCAGAAUCUUGGACCUCAUGCUACAUUGAUAUUAUAUAUGAAUAUAAAAACAUGUUUUCCCUAUGGAGAAAGUUUUAAGUUAUAUAUCGCCUGUACACUUUGGGCUGCCUUUUAGAUCUAACUGUCCACUGUUUAAGAUAACAAUGACAAUAAUAGAUAAAACAUAUUAAUGAUGAAUUAUGCUGAUGGAAUAAUAAAGAUUCUUAAUAAAUCUUAUUACAUUUACAACA